CCCCUGCUUGUGCACGCUCCCUGGGAGCGUGCACAAGCACGAGGUCCCGAUCAUGUGAUCACUGAUUGGCCAAUCGGUGAUCGAAUGCAGAGCAGUAAGCAAGAUAUCACUUCUGGCAUCAUUGCUUACUACGUGUGAAAUGAGUGAAUGAUCACAGAGGUCACAUGCUGCAUUCUUGCAGCCAUUGAGAAAUAUUGUGAGAGCUGUGAUUGGUCACAGCUUGUCACAUGGUACAAGGCUGUUGUGAAUAGCCUUGUACCGUGUGAUCUCUGUGAUCAUUCACAG